AACGCGCAUUUGACACCAAAUCCUCUAGAUUACUGGACCCCGUGCCUCGCCAAGGGAAAGAAGAUUGUUUUACCAUAUCAACGGUGUUUUUAUUCGCUAUAUAUACAUUCAAGUGACUAUGGGGGAUCGAAUAUAACAUUUAAUGGAAUAGAAUUCUUUUGAAGGGUCGAUUCUGUACCUUCUCUGUCUGCUCUUUGGUUGAGGAAAGAGCCCUACCGUUUGCGUUGUCAGGCCAGUGUUGGUUGUUCUGAGUUAAGGAACAGCAGCAACUUCCCGUGCUUACUUUGCACUGUGAAAGUCCAUUCUUUGGACGGAAAUACAAUGCCAGGAGACAUCAAAGUGAAUAUUGUUGGUGUAAGAAUCAACAAUAGCCCAUGAUGUCGGUGGAACUUUAUUUUGUUAUGGGAUAACUGUGAUAUCGUUGCCAUAAUAACGGGUUGACCAAAAAUGAUUUCAAUCUAACAGUAUUUUAAAUAAUUCUGAAUUGUUAUAAUACUGUAACAUAUUGAAUAUGCCACCUCAGAGUCUGCUUGACUCAGAAGAACACACCAAGGGACCUAAGUAAACACAACAAUUCAACUCCUGUGCAGUAGAAUGCACUGAUGAUCUUCGUAUUGCUGGAUAUUCAUUCCUUUGUCAACUGUCUAUCUGAAGAAGGCUGGCUUGAAAAUGGCAUCCUUUUUCAAUUUCCGUAAAAUCUUUAAAUUGGGUGCAGAGAAGAAGAAGAAACAGUAUGAGCAUGUCCACAGAGAUGAGAACCCAGAGGAGAUAUGGGAGAUCAUUGGAGAACUGGGGGAUGGAGCCUUUGGAAAAGUCUAUAAGGCCCAGAACAAGCAAACAGGCAUUCUGGCUGCAGCUAAAGUGAUCGAUACCAAGACGGAGGAGGAGCUAGAGGACUAUAUGGUAGAGAUCGAUAUCCUGGCCUCCUGCGACCAUCACAACAUAGUGAAGCUGCUGGACGCCUUCUAUUACGACAGCAAGCUAUGGAUCCUGAUAGAGUUCUGUGCGGGUGGAGCGGUGGAUGCCAUCAUGCUGGAGCUAGAGAGGCCCCUGACGGAGCCCCAGAUCCGGGUGGUGUGUAAGCAGACCCUCCAGGCCCUCCUCUACCUCCACAACAACAAGGUGAUCCACAGAGACCUGAAGGCUGGGAACAUCCUGCUAUCCCUGAACGGAGACGUCAAACUGGCUGACUUUGGUGUGUCGGCCAAAAAUACCAAAACACUACAGAGGAGAGACUCUUUCAUCGGGACGCCAUACUGGAUGGCCCCGGAGGUGGUGAUGUGUGAGACUUUUAAGGACCGCCCAUACGACUACAAGGCUGACAUCUGGUCCCUGGGGGUGACUCUGAUCGAGAUGGCCCAGAUUGAGCCUCCCAACCACGAGAUGAACCCUAUGAGAGUCCUGCUGAAAAUAGCCAAGGCCGAUCCUCCUACCCUGAUGCAGCCAUCGCGCUGGUCUCCAGAAUUCAGUGAUUUCCUAAGAAAGUGUCUCGAUAAGAAUGUGGACAACAGAUGGAAUGUGGCACAACUUCUACAGCAUCCAUUUUUGAGUACUGUGACAGACAGCAGACCGUUGAGGGAGCUGAUCGCUGAAGCAAAGGCUGAGGUUUACGAGGAGAUUGAGGAACACAAGGAGGAAGAGGAGGAGGAGGAUGGAGAGACACAGCGGGGUCACAAACGUGCACCGUCCGAUGCCAGUGUUGCCAGCUCGGAGGAUGAGAAACUCCCUCAGUCUCCCUCAGCCUCCAUCUUGGAGUCUUUACCGGAGAAGGCUGAACCGGUUAUCCUAACACCACAGAUUGUUGAAAAGGUCCCUGAACCAAGCGUCGUCAAACCAGAGGAGAACCUGGUUGUGGACGCUAGCUUCGUCGAGGAGCCUGCUGUCCCUGCAGAAGUGGAGGAAAUGGAUGAGACCCUUGUCUCUCCAUUUAUUGGAACACCAACAGAAGCCAGUGAGAAACCAGUAGAGGUAAAGGAAGAGGAUGAGAAGGUUCCAGAAAUAACAGAGGUUUCCCCAACAGAACCCAGUGAGAUAGCUUCUUCAGAACCAGCUGAGAAAUCAGCAGAGCCCCAACCAGAAGAAACCGUUUCCAAUGCUGAAGUCACCGUAGCCGACAAGGAGAUGGAACAACUGGCCAUAUCCAAUCAAGAUGAAAAGGAAGUGGACACAGCUGAGGUCCAGACGAAUGAGAUCACCGCAGAAGGGUCAGAGGCCAAGGAAGAGCCAACAGAAGACAACAUGGAAGUUGAGGAGGAACCAGCCAGCGAGGAGCCUAGCAGGGAAGCAAUGGUUACCGUGACAAACCCAGAGGAGACUAAGGUGGAAGACAAACUCACACCUGCAUCUCCAGCGGUCUGGAAAGAGGAGGAAGGAGAGAAAGAGAGAGUGGAGUAUAAGCCAACUGCAGGGACAGGGACUCCAGUGAAGUCUAAGGAUGAGAAGGAGAGGGAUUCGGACUCUGGGUGUAGUUCUGCUGCAGAUAACGGCAGCACAGACAUGAACCUGUCCAUCUCCAGCUUCCUGACCAAAACCAAGGAGCCAGGACCCCUCUCCAUACAGGACACCAAGCGCCAGAAGAAGACACUGAAGAAGACCCGUAGGUUCGUGGUGGAUGGAGUUGAGGUUAGCGUGACGACGUCGAAGAUCAUCACCGACAAUGACACCAAGAACGAGGAGAUGAGGUUCCUCAGGCGUCAGGAGCUGAGGGAGCUGCGUCUCCUCCAAAAAGAGGAACAGAGGGCCCAGCAGCAGCUCAGCAAUAAACUGCAGCAGCAGAAAGAACAGAUAUACCGCCGCUUCGAACAGGAGACGACCAGUAAGAAGCGCCAUUACGACCAGGAAGUGGAGAACCUGGAGAGACAGCAGAAGCAGACCAUCGAGAGGCUGGAGCAGGAGCACACCAACCGGCUGAGGGACGAGGCCAAGCGCAUCAAGGCCGAGCAGGACAAGGAGCUGUCCAAGUUCCAGAACAUGCUCAAGAACCGCAAGAAAGAGUUCAAACAGGAAAUGCGACUCACGCCCAGACACAAGAGAAAGGCUAUCGUGAAAAGGAAAAAAAAGGAUAUAAUCACGACUCCAUGUGAAGAGGGAGUGGCCCAGGGCAUGAUUCAAUCUUUUCAGUUGUCCUCCUGCACUCUCUUCAACGCCCCCAUGCAGGAUGAGCAGGAGUUCCUGCAGAAACAGCAGCAGGAGCUAGACUGUGCCCUGAAGAAGAUCAUCCAGCAACACAAACAUGAGCUGGCCACCAUCGAGAGAGACUGUCUCAACCACAAACAACAGCUCCUCAGAGCACGGGAAGCAGCAAUGUGGGAGCUGGAAGAGCGUCACCUACAGGAGAAACACCAGUUGUUUAAACAACAGCUGAAAGACCAGUACUUCAUGCAGAGACACCAGCUGCUUAAGAGACACGAGAAGGAGAUGGAGCAGAUGCAGCGCUACAACCAGCGUCUGAUUGAGGAGAUGAAGAACAGGCAGACACAGGAGAGGGCCCGCUUACCCAAGAUCCAGCGCAGCGAGGCCAAGACGCGCAUGGCCAUGUUCAAGAAGAGCCUCCGAAUCACUGGGGGCCCCAUCACACCUGAGCAGGAGAGGGAGAAGGUCAAACAGUUUGCAGCCCAGGAGGAGAAGAGGCAGAAGAAUGAGAGGCUCCACCAGCACCAGAAACAUGAGAACCAGAUGAGAGACCUGCAACUGCAGUGUGACGCCAACAUCAGGGAGCUGCAGCAGUUACAGAACGAGAAGUGCCACAUCCUGAUAGAGCACGAGACCCAGAAGCUGAAGGAGCUGGAUGAGGAGCACAGCCAGGAGCUGAAGGAGUGGAGGGAGAAACUACGACCCAGGAAGAAGGCUCUGGAGGAAGAGUUUGCUAGGAAGCUUCAGGAGCAGGAGGUCUUCUUUAAGAUGAGUGGAGAGUCAGAGUGCCUUAACCCCUCAGCCCAGAGCCGCAUCUCCAAGUUCUACCCCAUCCCCAGUGUCCACUCCACUGGCUUCUAGGGGUUAACCCAUUCAUGUCACUAAGGAUGGACAUAAACAUAUAUCCACACCCACAUAUUGAAGGCACACACAAUUAAUAUAUAAACACACUCCGGAUGGAUACACACACACAUACAAAUAGACUGGUGAGCACGCACACACACACACACAGACAGACAGACAGACUAAUAAAACUGAGCCUCUGCUGCCUUGCCCCAUCUCCACUGAUGACAAUCAGGGGGACGAAGGGGUGAUAUCUUCGAGGGGGGUGUGUACCCCUCUAUCGGUUUCUGGACGAGGAUGGGACAGUAGCCCUCAAGCUACAGACUGUGUUAAUCAUGAAGACCUUUUUAAUGGUGAUCUGUUAUAUAUAAUUUACCCCUUUUUCAUUGUAUAGGGUCGUGUUCAGUCGGGCACACCAUAGCAAGAAUUAGAAUUUGUGUUUUUAGUACCUCCCCGUUUCAAUCCAUUUCAAAUCAUUUUCCACUGACUGAAAAAAAAAAAAAAGUUUUAUUUCUUAUAGCUUCCUCUUUUGAAAUUAGUUACGAAGGAGAUUCUUGACAUUAUGCAUUUUCAAAUUUGAUAUUUUGGCACUCUGUUCCUCAAAUCCUUGCCUCCAAGUCACUAAAGUGUCUCAGGCAGAUUUAAUUUUUCAUUGCUGAUUCUUUUUCAUUUGUGAAUAUUUUUUUUCUUUCUUGAAGAAUCUAGUGCCUGUAUACUUUUAUUUCAAUGGACUGGCUUUUCAAAUUUAAGCUUCCUCUGAAAAAAAAACUAUUGCUGCUCGAUUUUUAUACCAUUAGUUAUUUGCACUAAAUCAGGCCUGCCCAACCCUCUUCCUGUAGAUCUCCAGUCCUGUAGGUUUUCAGUCCAACCCUAAUUAAGCAUAUCUGAUUCAGCUAGUUAAGGUCUUGUUGAGCAGCUAAUUAGUAGAAUCAGGUGUGUUAAAUUAGGGUUGGACUGAAAACCCACAGGAUGGUAGAGCUCCAGGAAGAGGGUUGGGUAGCCCUGCACUAAAUAAAAAGGAUGAAGUAACAUUUUGUACCACUGAAGUCCAAUAUAAGGAACUUAUAUAUUCAAUAUCUAUGGUGAUGUUUGAGAGAGCUAAUUAUAUGAUAAGAAUGUACUUUUGGUAAAGGAUGAACAGCACAUUUUUUUAUAAUGAAUCUUGACAAAGGCACGAUAUAUUUUAUAUGCAAUCACACAUAUCUUAACAAGAUAUUGAAUUUAGUUUCCAAUGGACUUGGGAGUGACUGCCUGAAGUUGUGCAUGGAUUUCGAUACAAGCUUGACUUCUUAUGUUAUAAUUAUGGUAAUUUUUUGGAGCUUAUUAAUAACAGUUUGGGAUUUAUAUCUUUAUGUCAGAAAUGGUUCCUUUCUUCUAGCCUGGAAUCCAAACUGAAUCACUACUUUCACUUUUUUUUUUUUUUUUCAACAUUUGUGAAAAGGUUGAGAUUCCCAGGCUAGUAUCUUUCUUCAGGUUUCAUGAGCAUGCCUUUCAUCUUCAGCACAACUCUUGAGAUUUGUUUCUCUCUUUUUGUAAUUUGGCGUAGUCGAUGAGUGGCCAUUUUGUUUUAGCAUAUCAAGGAGGGGGUAUUAAAAUUAUGUUUUUUUAUGUAUCCAGACAGAGACAAGGUUUUCACUGUGGUUGCUCAAAUGGCGUUGUUAUAUAAUUCGAUAGAAAUCUGUGAGGUCCUAUAUGAAGGUCUGUUUUGUUAGAAUUUCAUGCAAAUGUUUGAUAUGUCUAUUGUUUAUAAAAUUGCCUCCCAUUAAUAAGGUAUUAUUACAUUACCAUAUUCAUCAGUUGACCUGCAUGGCUUUUGGGUUUGUUUGUAAGGAAAUUAUGAUACUGUUUUAUUGUCAUUCAUACUAGCUAAUAGCCUUAGUGUUUUCAACAAAAUGUAUGAAGAUACGGUAUUCAUGUUGUGGCUCUCUGUGUAGUUAUUUUAAUCAGACUUAGUCCCGCCCCAAGUGAUCUUUAUAUUCGUAUAGUCAAAUGUUUUGUUCGUUACUUAUUUAAUCUAAGGAUAAUGAAUAUGACGUUAUCAUGAGUUUAACAGUUUUGAUAACAUUUUCAGAACUACAGUUUUAGCUUAUUUUAUCAUAGAUAUGCAUGAUUUACUCUAAAGUGGUGGUAGCUUAUAACCUUCAAUACAGUUUAAAAUCAUUUGUUAAAAAGGAACUGUUGGACCUGACCGGUUUAGGCCAUCAUGACUUCUGAUUGGUCCAUUUGUCAUCUCACCUUUUUUUGAUUGGCUGCAGGAACAACAAUCAGUCGAUGCUAUUUUAUAAUUGGUCUGUAAUAGUGGCAAACAAAAACAAAACAUCAUACACAAUGAAGGAGUGCUGUGCACCUUACACAAAAUGAAGAUACUCUGCCAGUAGUUAUUUAUGUGAAAAUGUAUCUUUACUACAGUAUAGUAUUGUAGUUUCCUCAAUUGUCAAAUAGUUCAUUUAAAGUCAGAAAUUUAAGCUGAAUUGAAAAUAUAAUUAAAUACCAAUCAUGUCAAUAUGUGUUAUGUUAUUAGUGUCAUGAUUUCCUUCUGAUUUUUCAAAUUGUAUCAUGAUUGAUUUCAGAAUGUUGUUUGAAAUUGAACAACCAUGAAAAAAUAAUGUGCAUUUUUAAGACAAGUUUACAUUAUAGUUUAUAGAAUGCCUAUGUACUGUAGAUUUGCAUUGUUCUGUAAAUAAACAAUUUCCUCUAUACAA